AUGGGUUUUGAUAAACAUUUCCAUGAAGACCAUUGUUAUAUGGAUGAUUCUAUGAAUAAUGUUGGCAUGAAUGUGGAAAUAAUAGAAGAUGCAUCGCAGCCCUCUGUUUCGGCUCCCGCGCCGAACCGGAAUAUUAACGGAACAGUUAACGAAUAUUUAGGUGAAGCUAUGAAAGUUGAUGGUUUAGACAAUGAUUUGUACUUAUACACAGAUUGUGGUACAGAGCAUUCAGCAUUAUUUCUACUUGAAGACGAGAAACUUGUCAAGCCCGGUGACAGGUUUGAAUCACAUGAUAUUUUUGUCCAGUACCUCAAUGAGAACGCAAAGAGGUGGAAUUAUUACUACAGUUGCUCUGACUCACGAAAACCUAAUACUGAAAAUGAAUCCUACAUUUAUAACUGUGUAUAUCUUAAGAACAAAGAGAAAUAUAAAAAGAAAGGAUUGCGAAAAAGGAACAAUACUAUGAAGACUGACUGUCCCUGUAAAAUAAAAUUAAGACAUUUACCUAAUGAAAAAGAACUGACGGUAGUUUAUGUGUGCAACCAUCAUGAUCAUGAGCUAUCUCCGGAACAGUUUCGUAAAUUGCAACAUGGAAGAAGGUUACCCCCAUAUGUUAAAGAAGAAAUAUUGGAUUUCCUAGCAUUACAAGUGGAUAAAGGCAAAAUCAGAAAUUAUGUGGAAAUGGAAACAGGCUUCAAGAUGAGCCGUCCAUUUUUUUACACCUUAGAAAGGAACAUGCAAAAAACCGGCAACAUUACAAGAGUGAUUACAGAAGAGAGAUUAAAGAUGUUAAAUGAAAAGCUUACAGUUGUGGAUGAAAUGUACAGAUACAAUAAUGAAGAACAAAACGAGCAACAAACAAAGGCAAUGCAAGCUGUAAGGAGUUUACAAAAAUUAGCUAAAUGCGAAAUACAAAAAAACCCGUGGGUGCCUGACCAAUGUGUUCCUAUUUUACCAAAUCGAACAGAUAAAAAAUUUCAAGAAUCCCAGUCUGAAAUGCAAGGUCAAGAAUCUGAAACUAUUCAUUUGAAUAUAGAAUAUGGUGAACCUGGCGACAAUAUCCAAGUAAUAAAUAGAUUUAACAAUGGCAAUGAAGUUGACGAUCACAAUGAUAUUGACAACAUAGCUUACGAAACAGUGGUGACCGAGGAUGGUAAUCAUGAACUUAGUGAUCAAACUCAAGAUUAUGUUAGUAUUGAUAGUGAAAUCAUUGAUGACGAUGAGAUUGCAAUGGAUAAUAGUCAUUUACGCGAACAUGUUGUAGGUCAUCUUGAAUCACGUAAUGACCAAGAUACAAUUGAAGUUCAGUAUACGAUAGAACAAAAUGAAAAUUUAAUAGAUUACACUGAUAGUGAAGAAACUCAACAUGAUGUAGGCGUGCAAACUAAUUUGAACAUUGACACAGGACAGACUGUUUUACCUGUCUUUGAUGUUUAUAUGAAGGAUGGCAAUGUAAUGGGCUUCGUUGUUAAUGAUAAUGCGAUAAAUGGCUUGAAAGAUCGUGUAGAUAAAGGCAUUCAAACUAGCGAAGAUAUAAUUUAUAGUGAUACGCAAGAAAUAGAAAAUGAAGACUGUGAAAUACUAGAUAACUCAAAUGAACAAACUGGAGAUACAUAUACGAAACACGAAUAUGUUCACAGGUAUAACAUAGAACAAUAUAUGACACAACCACACUUUCCUAAAUAUGUUGAAAUUUUAGCCAAAGAAACCCACAUGGACGUUCUCAAUAUGUUUACGAAUAUAUACAACGAAAAAGCCAUGUUUAAAAUAACAACAACACAAAAGGGGAAUGAGGGCAAUACUAGAAUACGAUAUAUAACACAUAAUGGCAAAAUUAAGAAGAAGAAGGCAGAUGACGCUAAAAGGGAGAAGUUUGGUAAAAAUCUUCAAAGCAUUUUUAUUUUAAAGGAAAAAAUGAGAAUGUUGAAGAAGAAAAAUGAGGAGCUUAUGAAUAGGAAUGAGUACCUACAAGAUGUUGCCCUUAAGCUUGUAAAUAGGGAAGUAUAA